AUGAAUGCUUGGCAGAAAAGAGAAGUUAUGUUGGAAAAUUACACAGAAGAUAGAAAAAAACUUCUAUUAAGACCAAUUCACUCGAUUGAGAUUAAAGAGGACGCGGUUGUUAGUGGUGUAGAGUAUACAGAUGCGUACAGCGAUCAGUGUAAUGGUGGUAAUGCCAGUGACAGACUAGAAACGUACAAACUAAAUACAACUGAAAUAUAUAGGGGAAGACAGUGUGUUAUUAGAGGGACUGUAGAUGGUCUUAAAAUGAAAUAUACACCAGGAGACUCACUGCUUAUGUGGGCACCAAACUCAGAUGAAAUUGUAGAGGUUCUCAUGGAGCUGUUCAAUAUCAAAGAGGACAAGUGCGUGCAGUUUCGAAGAAUUCGGUGCAGGGACAGUUCAUUACUAUUUUCAUUUUCUGGACGUAUUUCAGAGUAUUUCAAGCACUUCCUUGACAUUACAUCCAUUCCUUCAAAAUUGGCUCUUUUUAGGCUGUCGCAGUAUGCAGAGAAAAACAAAGAGCAGUUAGAGUAUCUUUCUUCAAAAGAAGGAAGUGCAGAUUAUUUUGCGCUGGGAAGAAAUUGGAAUACUCUAAUAGAUAUUUUAGUACAAUUCCGGGUAAAAAUUCCUUUUGAAGCACUAUUAGAAGUAUCUAAAGAAAUAAAGCCACGCGCAUUUUCUUUUAUUAACCGGGAAGAUGGCGAUUGCGAAUUUGUUGCAGGGAUCCUUACAAACACAGAAAAUCCUGUUCGAAAUGGGCACUUCUCAGACUUCCUUUUGAGAAACACAGGGAAUAGGGCAGGAACGAUAGACAAGGGUUUAAUUCAAAAGAAAUUUAUGGACUGUAUAUAUCGUGUAAAGCAUAAAGAAAAUAAUCUAUUUCAGUUACGAAGCGGUAGUACUGUCUGUUUAUUAUUUGGAAUAGGAACAGGAGUGGCCCCAUUUAUAUCUUUUAUCCGGAACUGCAGAAAAGACUGUCAGUUUACUCUUUUUUAUGGAUGCAAGUCGCCAGAGGAGAACAUUCUUGUAAAGAUGGGUAUAGCACAUGGAAAGGAGCACCCAUCUGAGUACACAGGAGCUUGCCUGCUCAAAACAGAAAGCCCAAAUGUAGAAGUACAUGUAGUGUAUUCACAGACACACCUGUCGAUUAGAAUGGGUGAGUUUUUAGAGAAAAACGCAGCGCAAGUACAGAAAAAAUGUGCUGAGCUAAGUCUGGAUGGAAUAUACAUAUGUGGAAAUAAAGAAGCAACAAAAAGCAUAUCAAAUUACUUUGCAGUAAACCAUCCAGAAGUACUGCUGCACAGCGAUGACUGGUCAUAAUGCAAGAAUAAAUCAC